AAAGGGGCGGAGCUACGUCGUAACGUUAGCAACCACGCUGAGAGACGGAGCGCUUUCGUUCCUGUGAAGGAAGGCUUGUCUUCUGGAAAUAUGUACCUAAAUGCGUAUGUGUGAGACGAUAGAAACACUCGGAUCUUCGUGAGAAGCAGCGCGUCUUUGUUAACGAGCCAACGGGUCACUGAGUGAUGUCGCCUGCGCCCAGCGGUGACUGCCCCCACCUGGACUGCGUGGGGGAGAUCACCAAGGAGGAACUUAUUCAGAAAUCCCAUGGCCAGUGCCAAGACUGUAAAGUCAGGGGUCCGAAUCUGUGGGCGUGUUUGGAGAACGGUUGUGCCUACGUGGGUUGUGGAGAAUCUCAUGCCGACCACAGCACCGUCCACUCUCAGGAGACGAGGCACAACCUCACGGUGAACCUGACCACCCUUCGAGUGUGGUGCUACGCCUGCGGUAAAGAAGUGUUCCUGGAGCGUAAACUCAGUCCUCACUCGUCUCACGUCAACAUCAAGCCCCUCCCCUUACAACAGAACGCCACCGGUCAGGAUAACAGAGGGAGCCCCGGGAGCCCGACUUCUCUGAUCGUUCCUUCUAAUGGAGGCUACGAAGACCUGGACAUGGAGACGGAAGAGGAGGACGACCUCCGGGCCAGAGGUCUGACGGGACUGAAGAAUAUAGGCAACACCUGCUACAUGAACUCUGCCCUCCAGGCUCUCUCCAACUGUCCGCCCUUGACGCAGUUUUUUCUGGAAUGUGGCGGCCUGAUCCGAACGGACAAGAAGCCGGCUCUCUGCAAAAGCUAUCAGAAGCUGGUGUCAGAGCUGUGGCACAAGAACAGACCCUCCUAUGUGGUUCCAACCAACUUGUUCCAAGGAAUCAAAUCUGUAAACCCCAUGUUUCGAGGGUAUUCUCAGCAGGACUCCCAGGAGUUCCUGCGCUGCCUGAUGGAUCAGCUUCACGAGGAGCUGAAGGAGCCGACGCCCGAGCCGACGCUGGAGCCUUACGAGCAGUCCAGCUGCAUCAACAUGGACGACGGCCCCGAGGAGGACAGCCGCAGCCAGUCGGACAACGACUUCCAGUCCUGCGAGUCCUGCGGCAGCAGCGAGCGGGCUGACAAUGACGCGCAGGCCGGGAGCUCGCCGGCGGACAACACCAACGAGGCGGAGAUGCUGAUCCCGGAGCCGGAUGAGAUCCUGGCCAACAGGGAGUGGCAGAAGGAGAAGAACAUGAUCAAUGACUUUUAUCGCUCCGGGGUUAAUGGCGUCCUGGGAGGAAGCGCCGGAGUGGACAUGGACAAAGAUGUUGACACCACCACGGAGACCACGCCCAUCAUCAGCAGCCAAGGAGCCAUCAAGCUUCAAGGCAAAGCAUCAGAUUGCUUUUCAGAUAUUCAAAUGUCAAACAUCACAAGACCACAGAGUCCCACACCCAUGGAGGGACACAUUCCCAAGAUGUCCAGCAGCCCUCCUAAAGCUUCCUGUGGAUGGCCGAGCCUAAACCCCGCCCACAAGAAAGCGGUGACCACGUUCUCCCCUCCAAAGAACAAGCGUCAGAAGAAAUAUCGCAGCGUCAUCUCAGACGUGUUCGACGGGACCAUCGUCAGCUCAGUCCAGUGCCUCACCUGCGACCGGGUGUCGGUGACCCUGGAGAACUUCCAGGAUAUCUCCCUGCCCAUCCCGGGUAAGGAGGACCUGGCCAAGCUCCACUCGUCCACCCACCAGACCUCUCUGGUGAAAGCUGGUUCCUGUGGAGAAGCUUACGCACCUCAAGGGUGGAUCGCGUUUGUCAUGGAGUACAUCAAAAGCUGGUUCUGGGGUCCAGUGGUUACGCUACAAGACUGUCUUGCAGCUUUCUUUGCUAGAGAUGAACUAAAGGGAGAUAACAUGUAUAGCUGUGAAAAAUGCAAAAAGUUACGAAACGGAGUCAAAUUUUGUAAAAUGCAAAAUUUGCCAGAGAUUUUGUGUAUUCACUUAAAGCGCUUCAGACACGAGUUGAUGUUCUCCACCAAGAUAAGCACCCACGUCUCGUUCCCGCUUGAGGGUCUGGACCUGCAGCCUUUCCUGGCCAAAGACAGCUCGGCACAGACCACCAACUACGACCUGCUGUCCGUCAUCUGUCACCACGGCACUGCCAGCAGUGGCCACUACAUCGCGUACUGCAGGAACGACGCGAACAAGCUGUGGUACGAGUUCGACGACCAGAGCGUGACCGAGGUGUCCGAGUCCUGCGUGCAGAACGCCGAGGCCUACGUGCUCUUUUACAAAAAGAGCAGCGAGGACGCAGUGAAAGAACGUAGGAGGGUGUCGGGAUUAUUCAGCAUGAUGGAGCCCAGCCUUCUGCAGUUCUACAUCUCUCGCCAGUGGCUUAACAAGUUCAAGACGUUCGCCGAGCCGGGGCCCAUUUCCAACGACGACUUCCUGUGUGUGCACGGAGGCGUGCCGCCCAACAAAGCGUCAUACGUCGACGACUUGGUGGUAAUGCUGCCGCAGAACGUGUGGGACCACCUUUACAGCAGGUACGGAGGAGGACCGGCCGUCAAUCACCUCUACGUUUGCCACACGUGCCAGACUGAGAUAGAGAAGCUGGAGAAACGGCGCAAGUCGGAGCUGGACAUGUUUGUCAGGCUGAACAAGGCAUUCCAGGAGGAGGAGUCUCCGGUGGUCAUAUACUGCAUCAGCAUGCAGUGGUUUCGUGAGUGGGAGGGCUUUGUCAAAGGAAAAGACAAUGAUUCACCAGGACCCAUUGAUAAUUCCAAGAUUACUGUAAACAAAAGCGGACAUUUUGUGCUCAAACAAGGGGCAGACUCGGGGCAGAUCUCUGAGGAGACGUGGAACUUCCUCCACUCCAUCUACGGCGGCGGCCCGCUGGUCACRGUGCGACCAAACGUCAGCCACCAGGAAGCCGAACCGUCGCAGUCGGAGGAGAAAAUCGAGGUGGAGACGCGCUCGGUUUAAUACGGCAAUCGACAGUAAACGAACAAACGAAAAGAAAAUACCUCCAAGGAAUUUAACAAGAGAAGCCUUUUAUUUUGCACUUAAUUUUUAUUAUUAUUAUUAUUAUUUGAA